AUGAGCGAUUGCCGGAUCCCCCUGCUCUCACUUGGGAUCAAGACCAAGUUGGCACAGCCAGACUUGGAGACAUCCAUCGCCCAGGGUUCCAAUAACUCGUCCCCCACCCCUACCAGCGCUGUCCCGUUUGCGUUCACCGACCAUGUUAAGCGCUUCAUGCAAGAUCACCUUCGACACAUUUUGGCCAAAGGAAAUGUGGAUGCCUACACGCGAACCAUGUCCAUUGUUGACUCGGCUCCUAUCAGGCGAACACCUCUGCUGCUCCUCAAGGCACAUGUUCAAUCCCAAGACCCGUUGUUUCACAGGGAUUACUUGCCACCCGGAUACCCUACAGAUAUCGGCGCAAGCUGCAAGGUUGUUGAGCUGAUGAAAAGGCUGUUGAAGAGUGAGAAGGGCCUCCUGCGCAAUCUCCUGCUCACCAACAUCAGAGCACAAAAGGACAGGCUAAUUUCCGGGGCUGUUCCCUGCUUGGAUGACUUGGUUGUGUGUAUCGAUCGAUACAUGGCUGCGCGCAAACAAUUGCGAGCCGUUGAAGUCAUUCUACGAAGUUACCCCUCAACUACAAGGACUCGGUUGGCUUUUUUACGCCUCUACAUCGUGGACCAUCUCAUUCAUCGUGACCCAGCCGACAAUACCAGCCACUGGGAGUUAGUUGAUCAGCAGCUUGAAUAUGUCAGAGGUCAAAGCAAACUUUAUCGCAUUGCCUAUGGCCGGGUGGUCAAAGCCAUUGACUGGGAGCUAUUCGGUCAAAAGCGGAAGUUUGAGGAAAUUCCUCACAAUGAUAUCAGAGUCCCAACUGAGGAUGAUGUCCAAGAGCAGAUAGCCCUGAUGUCUGCUGGUGGGGGCAGUGUUCCACUAGAAAACGCUUUCAAUUGA